AUGCGCCUUCCGUUGGCGCCGGGGUGGCGCGACCUGGCGCCCGCGUCGCCCCCCCUAACGGAUGCCGCCGCACCGUCCGCCCCAAGCGGCGGCGCGCUGAGCAGCAGCCCCGGCAGCGAGGCGGCGGCGGCCGGCGGGAUGAGGCGGCUGUCGGACCAGCUGCUAGGGUCGGGCGGCCACAUCAGCCCGGCAAACAGCGGCAGCCCCACCGCCGGCCUGGGCCCUGAGGUCGACGAUCUCCUCGCAGCGGCCGCGGCCGUCGCAAAGCAGCAGCAGCAGGCCGCCGCCGCCGCCGCCGCCGCCGCGGGCCUGUGCGCGCCCGACACCGACGGCUGCUGCCCCACGCUGCCCGGCGGCGCGGCGGGGCUGGCGGGCGGCGCGGCGCUGGGCGCCGCCAUCGGCGCGCUCGGCGGCGGCAUGGGCGCGGGCCACCUCGACGAGGCCCCCCGCAAGCUGGCCGUGCUGGGCCUGCCUUGGGAGACAAAGUGA